GCCAGCGUGGGGGUGGCGCCCGGCUUCGACGCGGCGCUCCAGGUCUCGGCCGCCAUCGGCGUCAACUUGCGCCGGUUCCGGGCGGCCUGCGGGGCCGAGGCGGGCAGCGGAGAGGAUGAGCAAUUUCUAGGUUUUGGCUCAGAUGAUGAGGCCAAAGGAACCAAUUCUCCCAAGUCCCUUGCAGUCUCAGUCAAAGCUAGUGCACGUAAACCUCGUGGGAGACCUCGGAACGGCUCAGACCGAAGUCCAGCUGCUCUACCAGAGUCCUUGCCAAUAUAUUCCCCUUCAAGCAAUCCAGAACCUACAUCCAUGGAAAAAAUAAAAAGGAAGGAAUUUAAAAGUGGAGAAAAACGUCGAGGGAGACCUCCUGCUCUAACCAGUGUGAAAUUCAAGAUCAGCCAUAAAGAGUGCGUUCCAGAUACUCAGAAAGGAGGGAAGGAAGAAAAAGAGAAUGUGAAGAAAAUAAAGCGGGCACCAUCGGCUACCUUUCAGCAUGCUGCAAAAAUUAAGAAAUUAAGAACAGGCAAACUCUCCCCGCUGAAGUCUCAGUUCAAAUCCGGGAAGCUCCAGAUUGGGAGGAAAGGGAUUCAGAUUGCCCGCAGGAGAGGGAGGCCGCCGUCUUCCGAUCGCUUGAAGACCAUGCCAGCUCUUGUCUGUUCCCAGUUGGAGAAAGUCCAGAGGGCGCGAAAGGAGAGGGAGGGUGUGCCAUCUCUCCCCAAAGAUGAAAAGCCAACCGUCAGGCAGAGCCCUCGCAGACCAGUCAGGAUGAUUCCUUCUUGCAAGAGGACAGAUGCCACCAUCGCCAAGCAGCUCUUGCAGAAGGCAAAAAAAGGAGCUCAAAAGAAAAUGGAGAAGGAAGCAGCAAAGCUUCAGGGCCGGAAGGGGAGGACUCAGCUCAAAAACAUCCGGCAGUUCAUUAUGCCUGUGGUGAGUGCCAUCUCUUCACGAAUAAUUAAGACUCCCAAGCGUUUCAUUGAAGAUGAGGACUAUGACCCGCCAAUUAAAAUAGCACGCUUGGAGUCUACCCCAAACAGCCGCUUCAGUGCUACCUCUUGCGAGUCGAGCGAGAAGUCCAGUGUGGCAUCUCAGCACUCCUCCCAGCUCUCUUCAGAUUCCUCACGGUCCAGCAGUCCAAGUGUUGAUACGUCCACAGAUUCACAGGCCUCGGAAGAGAUGCAGGCUCUCUCAGAAGAAUGCAACACUACUUCGGAAGCUCACCCGUCCCUGCCAGAGUCCGCCUCCCCGGAUAAUGAGGGUGCUGAGCAGAGGAGGGGGAGGAGGUUUUCAAUGGCAGAGAAGAAUUUUGCCCCCAAGGCAGCUAAGAAGCUGCCCAGCCUCCAAAGUGUGUCUCAACAGCAGUCAUCAUCAUCAUCUUCUUCACCUCCCCCUCCACUGCUCACCCCACCCCCACCCCUGCAGCCAGCAGCCAGCAUCUCCGAUCAUGCUCCGUGGCUCAUGCCUCCCACCAUUCCCUUGGCAUCGCCCUUCUUGCCAUCUUCUGCUGCUGCCCCCGUUCAAGAGAAGCGGAAGUCAAUCCUCCGAGAACCCACGUUUCGUUGGACUUCUCUGAAGCCCUCCCGGUCUGAGCCCCAGUACUUCUCCUCUGCCAAGUAUGCCAAAGAAGGUCUUAUCCGCAAGCCGGUUUUUGAUAAUUUCAGGCCGCCGCCACUGACCCCAGAGGAUGUGGGCUUUGCUGCUGCUGCCGCCGCUGCCAGCUUUACCCCUCCUGGGGCCACGGCUGCCACCCGCUUAUUUUCUCCUCUUCAUUCUGGAACAAGGUUUGAUCUACACAAGAGAAGUCCCCUGUUGCGAGCACCACGAUUCACCCCCAGUGAGGCGCACUCGCGCAUCUUUGAGUCUGUCACGUUGCCUUCUUCGAUUAGUCGAAGUGCUACGGGAAGCACUACAGCAGCAGCUUCUUCAAGGAAACGAAAGAGGCGAGUGUUCAGCCCAAUUCGAUCCGAAUCGAGAUCUCCCUCGCACUCUAUGAGGACAAGAAGCGGAAGACUCAGCACCUCUGAGCUGUCCACGCUCCCUCCGUCCUCUUCCGUCUCUUCUUCCCUAACUAGCAUUUCUGGAGGCUCCCUUGCCACUAGUGCCUUAAACGCCACCACGUUCACUUUCCCUUCGCAUUCCCUGUCUCAGACUGGGGAAGCAACAGAGAAAAGCCAGAGACCGAGGAAGCAGACAAACCUUCCUGCCGAGCCAUUCCCAUCGAGUGGCCCUGCUCCCCUUUUUCCUUGGUUCGCACCGGGUGCCCAGACAGAGAGGACCAGGAGCAAAGACAAAGCCACUGAGGAGGUGUCCAAAGACAAAGAACAGGACAACAGUCCCGAGAAGGAGAAGAGCCGAGAAAGAGAUCGAGACAGGGAGAAAGAAAACAAACGUGAAUCGAGGAAAGAGGAGAAGAAGAAGAAGGUGGGGGCAGCUUCAGAAAUCCAGAGUAGCUCUGCUUUAUUCCCAUCAACUCGAGGGUCUAAAGGAAAGGUUAUUGUCAGUGGAGAUGCAGCAGCCUCAUCUGUUGCCAAAAAACCUGCAGGACGGAGGAAACUGGCUGCCACUGAGCCAGCAGCAGAUGCCCCUGCGGUAGUUCUCAUGGACUCAGCUAGCAUAAAGACCAAGUUACCCAAGAAAGGCCGAGGGGGCUUGGAGAAAUCAAACCUGGACCUUGGCCUGGCAGCCGCGUCCGCAGAAAGGGAAGAAUCUUUGCGUCUUCCUGCUGCCUCACUCGGCAUUCUGAAACAUUCCUCCAUAAGCUCAGUAUUGGCUCAUGCUGAUAAACUUCCAAUGACUGACAAGAGGGUAGCCAGUCUCCUGAAGAAAGCUAAAGCUCAGCUCUAUAAGAUUGAGAAGAGCAAGUCGCUCAAGCAGGUGGAUCAGCCCAAAGGACAGGUAUUUUCCAAAAACAUUGGGAUUAGAAGGGAGGGUCAGGAGAGCGAUUCCUCAGAAACCUCUGUGCGAGGUCCACGCAUCAAGCAUGUCUGCAGGAGGGCAGCCGUAGCCCUGGGCCGCAAACGAGCAGUCUUCCCAGAUGACAUGCCCACUCUGAGUGCCUUACCAUGGGAGGAACGGGAGAAGAUACUGUCUUCCAUGGGGAAUGAUGACAAAUCCUCUGUUGCCGGAUCAGAAGAUGCUGAGCCCCUCGCACCUCCCAUUAAGCCCAUCAAGCCAGUAACCAGAAACAAGGCCCCUCAGGAGCCCCCCGUGAAGAAAGGCCGGCGGUCGAGGCGCUGUGGGCAGUGUCCUGGCUGCCAAGUCCCAGAAGAUUGUGGUGUCUGCACAAACUGUUUGGAUAAGCCAAAGUUUGGUGGGCGGAACAUAAAAAAGCAGUGUUGCAAGAUGAGGAAGUGUCAGAAUCUGCAGUGGAUGCCGUCAAAAGCUUAUCUCCAGAAGCAAGCCAAAGCUGUGAAAAAAAAGGAGAAGAAAUCCAAGACCGGUGAAAAGAAAGACGGCCACCUGGGGAAAGUUCAGGGGGAGCCAGGGCAAAAAGCAGCAGCCCCUCCUCUGGCUUUGGGGAAAGAGGAUCAAGCCUCCAAGAGAAGCAGUGAACCAGCCCGGAAGGCCAGUGAAGGAAAGACCGAGGAAGGGCAGCUGCCGCCGCCACCUGUCCUGGACCCCAAGCAGCCUCUUCUCUCUGCCACCCGGAAAGCUGGCAAACAAGCACUGCCUGCUUUGCCCCCUGUCCAGCUGCCUAGCUCAGGCCCACCCAAAAAGGAAGCCCCCAAAACCGUGCUGGCUGAGCCCAAGAAAAAAGCCCCGCCAUCCCUGGAAGCAGCCAUUGAGCAAAACAGACAGAAGAAAAUCAUUCCGCGUCCCAGCUUACUGGUGAAACAGAAACCAAAAGAAAAGGAGAAGCCGCUCCCAGUCAGCAAGCCAGAGAACAGCGCCCUCAAUACCCUGAGCACUUUAUCCAACCACACCCCUUCCAAGCAGAAGCCCCUGACGGAUGGGGUCCACAGGAUCCGAGUGGAUUUCAAGGAGGACUGUGAGGCUGAAAGCGUUUGGGAAAUGGGCGGUCUGGGUAUCCUAACCUCCAUUCCAAUCACCCCCAGAGUGGUCUGCUUCCUGUGUGCCAGCAGUGGGAACGUGGAGUUUGUCUAUUGCCAGGUCUGCUGUGAGCCUUUCCACAAAUUCUGUUUAGAGGUUAAUGAACGCCCCCUGGAAGACCAGUUGGAAAACUGGUGCUGCCGUCGCUGCAGGUUCUGCCACGUGUGUGGGAGGCAGCAUCAGGCCUCCAAGCAAUUGCUGGAGUGCAACAAGUGCCGGAACAGCUACCACCCAGAGUGCCUGGGACCAAACUACCCAACUAAGCCCACCAAGAAGAAGAAAGUGUGGAUCUGCACCAAGUGUGUUCGCUGUAAGAGCUGUGGGGCGACAACUCCAGGCAAAGGGUGGGAUGCACAAUGGUCCCAUGACUUCUCUUUGUGUCACGAUUGUGCCAAACUCUUCGCUAAAGGAAACUUCUGCCCCCUCUGUGACAAGUGCUAUGAUGACGACGACUAUGAGAGCAAGAUGAUGCAGUGUGGGAAGUGUGACCGCUGGGUUCACGCCAAGUGUGAAGACCUCUCUGAUGAGAUGUAUGAAAUCCUCUCUAACCUUCCGGAGAGCGUGGCUUACACCUGUAUUAAUUGCACUGAACAGCAUCCUCCCGAAUGGCGGCUGGCCCUUGAGAAAGAGCUACAGCUUUCUUUAAAGCAGGUUUUGACAGCUCUGUUGAAUUCUAGAACGACUAGCCACCUACUGCGUUAUCGGCAGGCAGCCAAACCUCCUGACUUGAAUCCUGAAACAGAAGAAACCGUGCCCUCUCAAAGUUCUCCCAAAGGCCCAGACCCUCCCAUACUUACAGAGGUUGGCAAGCAGGAAGAGCAGCCACUCCUCGAUCUAGAAGGUGUGAAAAGGAAGAUGGACCAAGGAGGCUAUUCUUCUGUGUUGGAGUUCAGUGAUGAUCUUGUUAAGAUAAUCCAAGCAGCUAUCAAUGCGGAUGGAGGGCAGCCGGAACUCAAGAAGGCCAACAGUGUGGUGAAGUCCUUCUUCAUGAGGCAAAUGGAACGAGUUUUUCCAUGGUUCAACGUAAAGAAGUCAAGAUUUUGGGAACCAAACAAAGUCACGGCAAACAGUGGAAUGUUGCCCAAUGCUGUCCUGCCCCCCUCCCUGGACCAUAACUAUGCCCAGUGGCAGGAGCGCGAAGAAAACCGUUCCGGUCAGCAGCAGCCCCCUCUGAUGAAGAAAAUAAUCCCAGCUCCAAAGCCCAAAGGGCCAGGAGAGCCAAACUCCCCCACGCCACUGCAUCUUCUGCAUCUUCCUGCCUCACCCUUAUCCAGUCCCGAUAGAAGCCAAGACGACAGCCCAGAACUUCCCCCUCCUCCGGAUGUGGAAGACAACCGGCAGUGCUCUCUUUGCCUGAAGUACGGUGAUGAUGGAGGCAAUGAUGCUGGCCGUCUCCUUUAUAUUGGUCAGAACGAGUGGACCCAUGUGAACUGUGCCCUGUGGUCAGCUGAAGUGUUUGAGGAGGAGGAUGGCUCUCUGAAGAAUGUGCACGUGGCCGUGAUUCGUGGGAAGCAGCUGUUUUACAAUCAGAGUAACAUGCCAAUCUUGCAGCGAUGUGAGUUCUGCCAGAAGUCGGGUGCCACAGUCGGGUGCUGCCUGGCCACUUGCACCAGUAAUUACCAUUUUAUGUGUUCUCGGGCCAAAAAUUGUGUCUUCUUGGAGGAUAAGAAGGUGUACUGCCCACGACACAAGGACCUGAUCAAAGGGGAGACAGUGCCAGAAAAUGGCUUUGAGGUCUUGAGAAGAGUCUUUGUGGAUUUUGAAGGAAUCAGCUUGAGGCGGAAGUUUCUGAGUGGUUUAGAACCAGAGAACAUCCAUGUGAUGAUUGGGUCGAUGAGCAUUGACUGUCUUGGCAUCCUGAAUGACCUUUCUGACUGCGAAGACAAGCUCUUUCCAGUUGGAUAUCAGUGCUCCCGGGUUUACUGGAGCACAACUGAUGCUCGAAAACGUUGUGUUUACACGUGCAAGAUCAUGGAAUGCCGUCCUCCUCUCCUAGACUCUGACAUUAACAGCACCAUGGAACAUGAUGACAACCGGACCAUUGUCCACAGCCCAGUGUCACUUUCAGCAGAAAUUCCACCCAGAGAUGGCCGUGCAGCACCGGCUGCCCUAAACGCUCCCUCUGCAGAUCUUUCUCCACAUUCUCAGAACUUCAAGGCUCUGCGGAUCAGGACGCCAGGUUUUGCUCCUUCCCAGCGAACUCCUGGUUCGAGGCCAUUGCCUUCUGCAGGAAGCCCUACCCCGGUGCCACACGAGAUCGUAACCGUGGGAGACCCUCUGUUAUCCUCUGGACUUCGGAGCAUUGGCUCCCGGAGGCCCAGCGCAUCUCUGUUUUCACAGCCGCUGAGGCCUUGGAUGCUGCCUCCCACCAGAGUUGGGGCCACUCAUGCUCAGCACAGCACUAUCUCUUCCGGACCCAGCAGGAGUCCCGUCCCAGAGCACAACGUGAGCCUCAAACGUACCGAACACUCUGUGAGACCAGCAGCCGUGCAUGUUGCUCUGCAGGACACCUUUACCCCUCCCAGUCUGGCCACCACAAGCGGAGGCAGAGGAGCUUCUCCUCGGGAGGGAUCCCUCUCCUUUGAAACUGGGCCUUCUGGAGGGCCCUUUUCGGCCAAAUUAGAGAAGGGGAAGCUGCUGAGCCCCAAAGAUCCGAGUGCUUCCUGUGGGAAUUCAAAAACAGGCUGCCAUGGACAGGGCAUAUCUGGCCCAGAAGGAAACCCAAGCAAGGGAGGGAAGUUCCUAGAGGCCUCUUCUGCACUGUUUUCUCCCAAAGAAUCCAUAGUUUCUGCAGUGUUGCAUCAGAAUGCCCCAAAGAAGGAACAAGAUCGGCAUCUAACACAGACAGACAAAAAUUGCUUAUAUGAAACCCCUGAAGCAAAGACCUCACCAUUUUCAAGUAAUCGAUCUCCUUGCAUGAACGAUCCGGUAUCUUCUGUGGGUAGAGAGAGGAGACAAAAAAUGAAGAAGGGGACAAAAGAGAGACAUUCUAGUAAGCUUUUUAGAAGUUUAAGUGUCCUCCCAAGUAGCCACAAAGAAUGUGCAGAGACAGAAUUUGUUCAUCAGGCAAUGACAUCUGAGCAUAUUAAUCAGCAGCAAUAUAACAGCAUUGCUGUUGAGAAACUCAUUGACAAUAAUGUGCUUGGCCAGGAGACACCCAAAGCUUCUUUCCCGAGUGAAAUGGCCGCCUCAAAGGAUUUGCAGAAUUCACAAAAGCGGACAGUAAAAGUCACCCUCACUCCGCUCAAGAUGGAAGGUGAGACCCAGUCCAAAAAUGUUCAGAAAGAGCGCGAGGCGGAGUCUCAGCCGAAGCGUUGCCCAUCUGGGCCCCAGCCGGCUUCCGUUCCAGAGCACUCGGGAAGUGACUGUAUUGUCCCAGACACUCAGAGCUCUGCUUCCUGCUCAGUGGCCCCCAGCGACCCCUCUUACCCAAAUCUGCCUGUCCAGGACAGCGGCUUGAUGAUCCAGGAUGGAGCCAAAGAGCAGGAAGAUGGGUCCUACAAGCGGCGAUACCCUCGGCGCAGUGCACGUGCCCGAUCCAACAUGUUCUUUGGUCUGACCCCUUUGUAUGGCGUGAGGUCAUAUGGUGAGGAAGACCUUCCCUUCUACAGCAACUCCACCGGCAAGAAGAGGGGCAGGCGGUCUGCUGAAGGCCAGGUAGACGGUGCCGAUGACCUCAGCACAUCAGAUGAAGAAGACCUGUAUUACUACAACUUCACCCGAACGGUUGUCUCGAGCUCAGAUGAGCACAUGGCUUCGCAUAGUUUAUUCCGUGAAGAGGAACAGAUCAGUCUCCCCAAAAUCUCUCAGCUGGAUGGUGUGGAUGAUGGGACAGAAAGCGAUGCAAGCACCACAGUAACAACAAGGAAAAUCAAUUCAGGAAACAAAAGGAGCGGCAAAGAAAAUGGAACAGAAAGCUUAAAACUUGAACGAAGUGAAGAUAGUGGGGAGAAAAUGCAAGCGACCAAGACUUCAGUUGGCCAUAAAACAGCUGAUCCCAAAAUGGAGAAUUGCCGGGUCAAAAGUCAAGAUUCUUUGGAAGCUCAGCUGAGCUCCCUAGAAGCCGUCAGCCGUCGUCCUCGUACCAACACGGAGCCCUCUGAGAAGAACCUGCUGGAUACAUUCAGCCCAGAACUGCUGAAGUCCGACUCCGACAAUAACAACAGCGACGAUUGUGGGAAUAUUCUCCCUUCAGACAUCAUGGACUUUGUUCUGAAAAACACCCCCUCGAUGCAGGCCCUGGGGGAGAGCCCGGAGUCCUCGUCCUCGGAGCUCCUGACUCUGGGAGAAGGUCUGGGCCUCGACAGCAAUCGGGGCAAAGACAUGGCGCUCUUUGAAGUCUUUUCCCAGCAGCUGCCAACAGCCGAGCCGGUAGACAGCAGCGUCUCGUCUUCCAUUUCAGCAGAGGAACAGUUUGAGCUGCCCUUGGAGCUGCCUUCAGACCUCUCGGUCUUGACGACCCGGAGCCCUGCAGUCCCCAGUCAGAACCACGGCAGACUUGCCGUCAUUCCAGAGCCUUCCCUCGCCGCCUCAGGGGAGAGAUCAAUGCUAACUCUCCCGUCCUCAGAUCCCGCAGAGAAGAGGGUGACGGUCACAGAAAAGGUUUCCUCCGGUGAAGCAGAGCCAGCGUUGUUAAGCCCACAAGUGGCCCCAAGCCCUGAGGGCUCUCUGACCCCCGACCCUUUCAUUCAGAGCCACCUGGAAGCAGAGCACCUGGCCAGCCCACCCUGUGGACCGAGAGAAGCUGGUCUCGCGGCCAGCCAAGACCUCCCCGUUUCUCCCUCCCUCCCCCUCCAGAACCCCAAGUAUGGGCCAAGUGCCCCCGACAAGCCCGGCCCGUCUCCCAUCUCCACGGCUGCUGUGCAGAGCUCCCCUCUCCACCUGAAGGCUGCUGCAGAGAAGCUCUUGGUGGUCAACCAGAACAUGCAGCCUCUGUACGUCCUGCAGACGCUGCCCAACGGCCUCACCCAAAAGAUCCAGCUGACUUCUCCCGUCAGCUCUGGGCCAGCCGGGAUGGAGGCCGGGGCUUCUGUGCUGGGCCCAAUGGACACAGCCAGCCUCGCACUGGCUGCAGGCCUGAGCCCUGCCCUGCCCUCUGCCAGGCCUCUCUUUCCCGCGGCCAGCAAAGGCCUGCGGCCCAUGCCCCAGCAGCAGCAGCAGCAGCAGCACUUGCAUUCCUUCUCGUCCAGCCCCUCCAGCGGCAGCGGCAGCUUCCCGGCAGCCCUCGGCAGCGCUGCCUCGAGCCUUCUGAUUGGAGUCCAGCAGCUGCCUGACCCCGAGGUGAAUCCCAGGGCAGAUAUUGGGCCUGCAGUCGCCACCCCUCCUACCGGCCUCAGCAAGAAGCGGCCCAUUGCACGGCUGCACUCUCGAAGGGCCAAGAAGUCAUCUCCUUCGGCCGCUGCGCCUUCUGACCUGGCCUCCAUGAACUUCCCUCGGUCCUCCCCGCCUGGCCACCCAGGCCUGCUCGAUCUGGGAGCCGCAUGCCCCCGAACUGGGCCCAGCAUGGUCAAGCGCUCCAAGCCAGGGCUCAUGUACUUCGAGCAGGCACCUCUCUUGCCCCAGGAGGUGGGGACGGCUGCCACAGAGGCAGCCCUCGGAGCGUCUCCCAGCAUAGCCUCCCCUCCACCUGGGCUGAAUGUGGGCCCCCUGCCGGCACCUGGCCCCAGCCCAGCGGUCCUGCCCCACCUGUUGGGACAAGGGGGCUCUGACGUGCCAGGCAUUUCGGACAUGAACUCCCUCAGCAGCCUGUUAAUCAAAGCCACGCGACAAGGGCUGAGCCUCUCAGAGCAGCCGGCUUCAGCACCGCCACCAGCUUCCAGGGUAUUUCCACCACAUAAGCAGGUCUCGCUGGGCCAGUCUGCCUCUGCAGGGCUGGCGACGGCUGCUGUAGUCACCGGCACCUCUGUCUUGCCUCCCUCGAAGGCCGUGUCUGCCGAUGCUGGAAGCGCCUACCAGGCCGAGCCUCCUCUCACACAGCUUCUGGCUUGCAAAGCUGGGCCAGCCCCACCUCACCUGGACCUGACCCCCUCACAGGCAGCUGCCCUUUCAGACUUCCCCCAGCUGAUGGAUACGGUAGCUGUGGGGCGAAACAGACCGGCUCCCUGUGUCCCCACAGCCUCUCCUGGGGGCUCCCCUUCCACCGUGCUGGGCCCCACCAGGGCCAAAUCCAAAGUCAAGCGCUUGCCGUCCCCUUUGGGCAGCAAAGGAUCCGGGAAGAAACCCAGGGCGCCUCCAUCCUGGAACAGCUUCCCUGGCCAGUGCGUUCCACCACAAGGCACGAGGGUGGCAACCCAGGACCCAGGCGGAGGGGCCCAGCCCUUGAGGGUGCAGCCAGACGAGGCAACAGACGUGCUGCAGCCAGCCCACAAACCAGCAGGGCAUUUGCAGCCUCACCCACAACUGCAGCCAACCCUGAUCUCUUCAAAGGAAUUGGAGCGUGCAGAUUCCAAUGCUGAGGAGGUGGAAGAGGAAGAAGAGGAGGAAGAGGGAAGCUUUAGCUCCCCCCUCAUGUUCUGGCUGCAGCAGGAGCGGAAGCGGAAAGAAAGCCUUGCAGAGAAGAAGCCCAAGAAAGGGCUGGUGUUUGAAAUCUCCAGUGACGACGGCUUCCAGAUCUGUGCAGAGAGUAUGGAAGAAGCAUGGAAGUCCCUGACAGACAAAGUGCAAGAAGCCCGGUCGAAUGCCCGCCUGAAGCAGCUCUCCUUUGCAGGUGUGAGUGGGCUGCAGAUGCUCGGCAUUCUCCACCAUGCUGUUGUGUUCCUGAUAGAGCAACUCUGUGGAGCCAAGCAUUGCUCCAACUACAAGUUCAGGUUCCACAAGCCAGAGGAGGCCAAGGACCCUCCCGUGAACCCGCAUGGCUCUGCCAGGGCUGAAGGGCACCUCAGGAAGUCUGGUCUUGACAUGUUCAACUUCCUGGCUUCUAAGCAUCGCCAGCCCCCACAGUACAAUCCCAACGAGGAGGAGGAAGAGGAGGUGCAGCUGAAAUCUGCCCGCAGGGCCACCAGCAUGGAUCUUCCGAUGCCCAUGCGCUUCCGGCACUUGAGGAAGACCUCCAAGGAGGCGGUUGGGGUUUACAGGUCUCCUAUCCACGGACGGGGCCUCUUCUGCAAAAGGAACAUUGAUGCAGGGGAGAUGGUGAUUGAAUAUGCAGGCAACGUGAUUCGCUCCAUAUUAACUGACAAGCGCGAGAAAUACUAUGACAGCAAGGGCAUCGGCUGCUACAUGUUCCGUAUUGACGACACGGAAGUCGUGGAUGCCACCAUGCAUGGGAACGCAGCCCGUUUCAUCAACCACUCUUGUGAGCCCAACUGCUACUCCCGAGUCAUCAACAUUGAUGGGCAGAAGCACAUUGUCAUCUUCGCUAUGCGCAAAAUCUACCGUGGUGAAGAGCUCACCUAUGAUUACAAGUUUCCCAUUGAAGAUGCCAGGAACAAGCUGCCCUGCAAUUGCGGUGCCAAGAAAUGCCGACAUUUCCUCAACUGAGCAGCCGAGCUGAGCCACAGCAGUGGGCAGAGGAGAGUCGGGUGCUGGUGCCCCUCCACAGCCACAGAUGCCUUGGCUUGAUCUGGCAGGGCAUACCCUGCUCGGAGUGAAGUGGACUUUGGUGUGCUGUGGGACUAGGAAAACGGGCGUGUGGGCUGCAGCAACCAAGGCUGCGCCCAGCUGGCAUGACCACCUGGUUGCUCUUCAAGUUUGGAAUGUGUGGCCUUGCCCUCACGUUCCAGCUUGGGCUGGCGGCUGAGCGGUGGGUCUCCACCAGUCCCGUGGGGAGGAACCCCAAGGCAGCCGUUUGGGCAGGUGUCGUCCUUGGGAUCUUUCAGGAGGACAAGCAGACCUUUAGAGAAGGAGCUUCUGUCCCAGAGCUGAACGUUUACAACUGACCCCCCCUCACCCCACCCACCCCCGUCCUGUGCCAGAAAUGUAGUGGAAUUGGAGCACCCCGGAUGCAGCUUGUUCUCCGGGGAGGAAAAGUGCUGGAAGAGGAGGAGGAGCAGCAGCAGCCCCUGCAUUCCCAAGGAGACGAGGGAGCCCCGGACUUCCCCUUUCCAAGCUUCUAGAAAUGGCCUCCUUCAGUUGCACCAUCUCGAAUUAAGUCUUUGGAUUUUCCUUGGUUCUGUUUACAUUUUAGUAUUUAAAAGUUUUAUAAAUGUAAAUACAUUUUGUAUAUUUUUCUAUGAGCAGCACUUCAUAGGAAAGAGCACUUAGGAGACUAUUUUUUCAGUCACGGUUGCAUCUUGACUUAAAAAAGAAUCCAAUUUAAGGGUGAAUGUUUUAUUUUAGUAGGAUGGUCUUUCCAAGGUUGGGUCAGGCAUAUCCUGAUCCUCCCUCAGGAGGGAAAAGGAGAGUUUCCUGGGUGCUGCUCCGGCUGCCCCUUAGGAAGCGUCCUCCCAUUUUCAGAGAGGAUGCAACUGUUUGGUGGGCCUUCUGUUCUCCAGGGGUCGACUCUCCCUGGAUGUUAGCCAAACCGCUGGGAUCCCUCUCCCUCCUGCCUCGGUUCAGGUCAGAGGAUUAAACAUCUGGUUUCUCACCAGGUGUGCCCUGGCCUGGCUUCCUCUGGAGGCAAGACAGAUACGCUGUGCGUGGUAUCUCUCCAAAGGGAGCAGAAUCCCGGCUUGCUCCAGCUAAGCCCUGGCGCCUGCUACCCCCCCCCCCCCCCCCCCCGUCUCCUGGAAAGGAGGAGUUGGCGCUCCUGACCGCCACCUUUGCUGCCCCAGGCUGGCCAGGCCUUCGUCCCCAGUGUGGGCAGUUUGGGAGAAAGAGGCAGGAGCCAAGGGGGGCGGGGGCGGGGGGCUUAAAAGGAGGCAGGCUCUUUCCGUCUGGGCUGCCGGGUUGCCCUGUGGCUGCUAGAAGAGCCCUCCCUCUUCUCUGAAGGAUGCUCUGAGCCGACUCCGAAUUUUGGUUCCAGCCAAGUUUGGUUGGGUCCCCCUUCACAGGCAUCUCCUCCUCCUCCUCCUCCUCCUGCUGCUGCUGCUGCUGCCAAUCUGGCUGCCCUGAGCAGCAGCAGAGCUGAACCCCAGGAUGCUGCACCCGAGGGGGGAGGCUGCCUCUCCAGGGCAGCAGGGAGAAGGGGGCAAAGGACGCUGGGCAGGGCAGCUUCCUGCAAAUAUGAAUGUAUCUUUCUAAGAACUGACAGAUCGUGAGAUCUAAAAAUACUAAGUCAGUCCACCCUUUAAAGGUUUUGGUUUUUUUAAAGGAAAAGCGGGUCACUGUAAAGGGCUGGGCAAGAAUCUUCUCUUCUUUGUUGUGAAGCAAUACUGGGUUUUCCGUCAAAUUCACCCUCUGUGCAGAAUCACGUCAUUUGGCCAGGUUGCUGCUGGCUCAUCUCCUGCUCUCCACCCCAACCUCACAUGCCUGCAAGUUUUUAAGACUAUAAAUAAGGUAUCUAUAGAACUAAUAUCGUACUGCAUUGUGUCUUGAAGCCUGGCUUUGAAUUCUCUUUAACCCUUUAGAUAAUGGUUGUGUUCCAGUUGCUGAAAAGGCAGGAAAAACAACAUGCCAAGGGCUCCAUGGGCAGUGGAUGCCACCGACCUGGCCCCGGCUCCCAUUGCAGACUUGCACACAGGGCGGGGUGGGGUGGGGUAUGCAGGCCUCCCAGAAGUGAGGCUGGAGACUUGGCUGUGGAUGUUCCUGACCUUCUGUGUUUAAUUGUCAAUCCUUGUACAACUUGCUUCUCUCCUCCGCCUCUUCCUCUUUUUGGAUUCCAGUUGGUGGAGCUCCUCGCUUGCAUUGUGCGCUUUCUGGUCUCUUAAUAAGGUCUUGCAGCUUCGCCUCCCCGCCAAGAGUUGUGCCCGUGGUGUUUCCUGGAUUCAGCGUCUUCAAUAGCUACAGGUAGUGAAUUAAUGUCUCAAGCCACUUUGCAAAAGCUACAUAAACAGGGCUCUGAUCCAUACAAAAAGCAACUUAUCAUGUAAAACCAAUUUCUCUUUUUUUUCUUGUGUUCUUCCAAAAUGAGUUUUUUUUUUUCUUUAAAAAGAGGAAAUGUGUCGCUUGUGCUGCAUCAGUGUUAAUUCCCUGUCACUGUUACAGGGAUGAAGGAAGUACUUUCAAUAGUUUUAAGAAAUGACUGAAAGACUGAAUGUAAAAAUAAGUGUAUAUAGUUGUACAAAAAAAGGAGUUUUUAAACAUGUUUAUUUUCUAUGCACUUUUUUAUUUAAGUGAUAGUUUAAUUAAUAAACAUGUCAAGUUUA